UGUGACGCAUGCGCACUGUCUCUCUCAGUCGCUCCGCUCGGGGAGUUUUUUCUUGUCCCUCCGAGAUGCAGUGUCCAAUCACGGCUUCUACACCAGGAACAGUCUGACCGUCCGACGUCAGGAGCUCUGGCUUUUUGGAUCGGAAAUCGACCAGCGGAUGGUUUUGCUUCCAGGCGAUGGACCUGGAUGUCCGGGCCCGCGGUAGAAGCACGUAGAAAGCCCCGAGAUUUUCUUCUGACCCAGAAAAGCAGGCUCGGCGAGAAAUUGCAGGCCGGCUAGCAUCUGGCCGAAGCCGAGAACGGAGGGAGGCGCCCGCGGUGGACGGGCAGCGGGGACCCCCCCUCCCCCUUCUGCUUUUGGACUCAGUUCGGUUCUUCGAACCGCCCAUCAGAAUGAUUUCCCCCCGUAUUUUUUUAUAAACGUCUGGGGCUCGAAAGGCUGUCGACUCGCUAGUUGUAAGCUAGCUGCUCCGUUAGCGUUUCCCCCCGGCGAGCAGACGGCGGAGGAUCCGGAGGAGCUCACGGCCUCCUAGUGCUCAGCCGACGGACCCACCGGGAGUUCGGGACCAACAAUGGCCGCCAAUCUAAUCAAGGAGAUCGUGAGCAGAAAUAAGAGGCGGUUCCAGGAGGACGGCUUCGACCUGGACCUCACUUACAUUUACCCCAACAUCAUCGCCAUGGGCUUCCCCGCCGAGCGCCUGGAGGGCGUCUACAGGAACAACAUCGACGACGUGGUUCGGUUUUUGGACUCGAAGCACAAAAAUCACUACAAGAUCUACAACCUAUGUGCGGAGCGACACUACGACACCACAAAGUUCAACUGUCGAGUGGCCCAGUACCCCUUUGAGGACCACAACCCGCCCCAGCUGGAGCUCAUCAAGCCUUUCUGCGAGGACCUGGACCAGUGGCUGAGCGAGAACGAGCAUCACGUGGCCGCCAUCCACUGCAAGGCGGGGAAGGGUCGCACCGGCGUCAUGAUCUGCGCCUACCUGCUGCACCGGGGCAAGUUCCGGGAGGCGCAGGAGGCGCUGGACUUCUACGGAGAGGUCCGAACCCGCGACAAGAAGGGCGUGACCAUCCCCAGCCAGCGCCGCUACGUUGUGUACUACAACUACCUGCUGAAGAACCGGCUGCAGUACAAACCCGUGGCUCUGCUCUUCCACAAGAUGAUGUUCGAGACCGUCCCCAUGUUCACCGUGGGAACCUGCAAUCCUCAGUUCGUGGUGUACCAGCUGAAGGUGAAGAUCCACACCUCUAACCCCGCCCACACCCGGCGAGAAGACAAGCUCCUGCUGUUCGAGUUCCCCCAGCCGCUCCCCGUCUGCGGAGACAUCAAGGUGGAGUUCUUCCACAAGCAGAACAAAGUCAUGAAGAAGGAAAAGAUGUUCCACUUCUGGAUCAACACCUUCUUCAUCCCGGGCCCAGAGGAGGCCUCCUACAAGCUGGAGAACGGCAGCGCGGCGCCCAAUUCGGACGUGUCUGACAGAACCUACCAGAACCCGGGAGACGCCAACGACAAGGACUUCCUGGUCCUCACUCUGACCAAGAACGAGCUGGACAAGGCCAACAAGGACAAGGCCAACAAGAACUUCUCUCCAAACUUCAAGGUGAGGCUGUUCUUCAGCAGGACGGUGAAGGACGGGACCAACUGUGACGCCAGCAGCUCGUCGGGGACGCCGGACGUCAGCGACAACGAGCCCGACCACUACCGCUACUCCGACACCACGGACUCGGACACUGAGAACGACCCCGAGGAGGACGACCACGAACAGAUCACCAAAGUGUGACGGCGCCAGACUCCUACAGCGUGUAAAUACCAGGAUGUUCUGGCAGUCAAGAACCUGGACUGGGUCAGAACUUACCCCCACCUGCACCCACCUCCCAUGACCACAGCUGGACAAUCAUGAUGGGCAAUAGGGAGGCGAGUGGGCGGGGCAGGGCAGAAGUGACAGGUGACAGAUUUCAUCAGGGGGCGGAGCCAAAGCUGAAUCAAACUUAGAGGACGAGGACUUGUGACGGAACCCGGCCCCUCCCCCUGAUCCGUCUGGACUCUUGCCCGCUCAGAUCCACGUCAGUUUCCCUUUGACCUGCACUGGCCCGGGUUUGGUUCUGCUGACCCACAUCUCUUCAGCGUCAGCCAAUCGUAGUUUGAUCAUCUUAGUCUCCAGAGAAGAAGCUGAGGGUUAAAGUCCAGUUCUGACCAAGAGUUCUGGACUCUGGAUUCGGGUUACGUCUCAGCCUGGACCGCAGCCCGAGCCUUUAAUCCAGAUUUUAGGUUCUGGAUAUUGGUUGAGUUUGUUCUGGUCUUCUUCUGCACACAAACAUCCAAUCAGCUCGCAGAAAGCAGAGCUGGUUCCGUUGGACUUUCUCAGAUCAUUAAGCUACACGACGGACCCGCGGGUCCACACUUGAGCCAAGACUCCCUCCCAGACGGAGCGCUCUGAUGGCCAGUCGGCUCAGAGUCCUGGUGCCGUGUUAACGCGCCGGGCCAGAACCCGGCCCAGUGCUCCCAAUCACUCUGGUGGAUCCAUAAGCUAAGAUGAUUAUCAGGCCCGUUUGGGUCACGCUUUAGGCGGACUUAAGCUGCCUCUCAAUCAGCUCUGGGCAGAACCUCGCUAAUUCUGUCUGCAAACUGACCAUCCCGCCCAAGUUUGUCAGAACCAGAACCAAGUCACUGAAGCUUAUUUUCAUUAGAUACUCUGGUCCGGUUCUGGGUCUGAGCUCUGAUGAUUACAGAGUCGAUGUUCUGAACCAAACCAAUAAGUCCGACUCCAACUAAGAUGGUUCUGACCCGCCUUUAUAACCAGAGCUUCUUUGACCAUUUGCCUUUGGGUCUUAUGGUUCUGAUGACCCAUUUUCCUCCUCAUCUGGUGCUAAACUAACUGCGGUCAUCCCAGCCAUUGCGAGCACAGACUCAAGUGGAGGAAGGGGUUCUGUCUGGUUCUGGGCCUGUGGCGCUGACCCGUAGGUGCUUAGUUAUCUGGUUCUGGAGCUGUCGUCCACCCGUGGUGCUCUCUCUGCUUGUCCAGUUCUUCUCUGUAGCUUCAUUGUCGGCCCGGCCCGAGUCCUGUUGGUUCUGUUCCACCCAACGCAGGAUUUGGACCAGAGCCGAUCACAAAAGUACUCCCAGGACCCAGUUGUGAUUGGAUCAGUCUGAGACUUGAGUGAACCUCGGUUUGAUCGGAUCAGAACAAGUGAGCAGAACCAAAAAUUCUGAGCUUUGACGGCGUUCGACCUGAAAAAAAACAAGCAUCUCUUUAGAAGUGGGUCAGAACUUUAAGGAGCCGGACAGUUCUGGUUCCUCCUGUUGGGCUGAACAGCAUUUGGGUUUUCCAUGGAUCCAAACGGUUUAGAUGACCCGUUCUGGUUCUUCUGAACAUGUCAGGUGUGGACACAGAACAUCUGAUGUUAGCUCUGGUUCUGUUCUGGGUCAAGCAGGUUCUAUGUCCAUCUUGCCACUGAACCACCUGACCCAAAGUUCAGUUAGAUUUUUAUUAGCUUCUUUUUUUAAUUUGGUUCUGUUCUUUGGGCCCGGUUCCUUCACUCCUCAGAAAAGUCAGCUGACAAACGGACUCAAACUGGAUCAGUGGUUCAGGGUCUAACAGAACCUUCUUCUUGUUGGUACGUCAACGUCGGUCAGAAUGCAGAACCGUGCUAGCCACGCCCCCUGCUGUGAGCCCCACCCCUUUACAACCUUCUUCCAGCUAGUCCACAGACGUUCCUCUGCUGGUUCUGCUCCAGUCCAACAGAACCUGGUUAAAAACGCACCACUUGGUUCUGAAUCCAGACUGGCACCGAUGUGGUUCUUAGUCUAUUUAACCUGGUUUUGGUUUUAAACUCUGCAAACAGAAACGUCCUGAUACUUGACUACCUGUCGCCAUGGAAACAUGUUAAACUGACCCCUCCCACAUUCUUUUAUUCUGCCUAUUCUUGUUUUAUAAUGAAAUAAAAACACUGUAAAGGUGAAUAAACUAUUUAUAAACUGCU